UCUGUCUUGUUAUUCCACAUCAGUAGUUCUGCUUCAGGAGGAGAAGCCAGGCUUUUGUAAUGGCUGAACAGAGGAGAGUUUCAUUUAAUGAUGUAUCUCUCCUGCUCUCUUCCACGUUCUCCAGUGGAGUUCAUAACACAGCCAUGGACGUGAGCACCUCUCUGAAGAUGAGCUCUCUGACCAUCCAGAGUCUCUUCAGCUAUGUGGAGGAGGAAAACCUUUCGGCCAUCAAAGCUCAUCUGGACAAGUACAGAGAGGUGGACACCAGAAAUGAAAACUGCCAGACUGCUCUCAUGCUGGCCUCAGAGCAGGGCAGUCUAGAGAUCGUGCAGGAGCUCAUCCGGAGGGGAGCAAAUGUCAACUUGGAUGAUAUAGAUUGCUGGACAGCACUGAUUUCAGCUGCUAAAGAGGGACACACUGAAGUGGUGAAGGAACUCCUGGAGAACAAUGCCAAUGUGGAGCAUCGCGACAUGGGGGGCUGGAGCGCGCUCAUGUGGGCCUCUUAUAAGGGUCGUGUGGAGGUGGCACGUCUACUGCUGGAGAAGGGGGCAAACCCAAACAUCACCGGACAGUACAGUGUUUACCCCAUAAUAUGGGCGGCAGGAAGAGGCCAUGCAGAGAUCGUUCAGCUGCUGCUUCAGCAUGGAGCCAAAGUCAACUGCUCUGACAAGUAUGGCACCACACCCCUGAUCUGGGCAGCCAGGAAGGGCCAUUAUGACUGUGUGAUGCAUCUGCUGGAGAACGGCGCCAAUGUGGACCAGGAGGGAGCGAACUCUAUGACCGCGCUCAUAGUGGCCGUGCGAGGUGGUUUCACUGAGGUGGUGAAGGAGCUGCUAAAGAGAAACCCCAACAUGAAUAUGACUGAUAAAGACGGAAACACUGCGCUGAUGAUCGCUGCUAUAGAGGGCUACACUGAGAUUGUCCAAGACCUGCUGGACGCGGGCACGUACGUCAACAUCCCUGAUCGGAGUGGUGAUACUGUGCUUAUCGGAGCCGUCAGAGGAGGUCAUGUGGAGAUCGUCCGAGCUUUGCUUAAUAAAUACGCUGAUAUUGAUGUCAAAGGCCAGGACGGUAAGACUGCCCUGUACUGGGCUGUGGAGAAAAGUAAUGCAACCAUGGUUCGAGACAUUCUGCAGUGCAACCCUGACACUGAGGCCUACACCAAGGAUGGAGAGACUCCCCUCAUAAAAGCUACCAAGAUGAGAAACAUGGAAAUAGUUGAGCUUCUUUUGGACAAAGGUGCCAAAGUGUCAGCAGUGGACAAGAAAGGUGACACAGCUCUGCAUAUUGCCAUUCGUGGGAGAAGCCGCAAACUCGCUGAGCUGCUCUUGAGGAACCCUAAAGAUGGUCGUCUGCUCUACCGGCCCAACAAAGAAGGAGAGACACCCUACAACAUUGACUGCACUCAUCAGAAGAGCAUCCUCACCCAGAUAUUUGGAGCCAAGCACCUGUCUCCCUCUGAGUGUGACGGGGACAUGCUGGGUUAUGACCUGUACAGCAGCGCUCUGGCAGACAUCCUGAGUGAGCCCACCAUGCAGCCGCCCAUCUGCGUGGGGCUUUACGCCCAGUGGGGCAGCGGCAAGUCCUUCCUGCUUAAGAAACUGGAGGAUGAGAUGAAGACGUUCGCCGGGCAGCAGGUGGAGCCGUUGUUCCAGUUCUCGUGGUUGGUGGUAGUUUUGACUCUGCUGCUCUGUGGAUCUGUGGCUCUGGUCCUCGGCUUUGCUGUCGACACUAAACUGGCCAUCGCUGUGGCUUUCAGCCUGCUCGCCCUAUUGUACAUCUUCUUUGUGUUGGUGUACUUUGGUGGGAGAAAAGGAGGGGAGAGUUGGAGUUGGGCCUGGGUCCUCAGCACCAGACUGGCCCGCCACAUCGGCUACUUGGAGCUUCUUCUCAAACUCAUGUUCGUCAAUCCCCCCGAGCUUCCAGAGCAGACCACCAAAGCCCUGCCUGUCAGGUUUCUGUUCACGGACUAUAACCGUCUGUCGAGUGUGGGAGGGGAGACGUCCAUGGCUGAAAUGAUAGCUACGCUGUCCGAUGCCUGUGAGCGAGAGUUCGGCUUCUUGGCCACCAGACUUUUUAGGGUCUUCAAGAAUGAUGAAACUCAAGGAAAGAAGUGGAAGAAGACAUGUUGCGUCCCCUCCUUCGUGCUCUUUGUGUUGACGUCGGGCUGUCUGAUUACAGGCAUGGCCCUGCUGGCCAUCUUCAAGGUGAACGCAGAGAACCUGACGGUGAACGCGGUUCUGAUCGCCAUGGCCAGUGUGGUGGGUCUGGCCGUGCUGCUGAACUGUCGGACCUGGUGGCAGGUGGCGGACUCUGUGCUGCACUCUCAGAGGAGGAGGCUCCUUAACGCUGCCAACAGCAUGCACAAGCUCAAGAGUGAGGGAUUCAUGAAGGUUUUGAAGUGUGAAGUGGAGCUCAUGGCUAAAAUGGCUAAAACCAUUGAUGGCUUCACUCAGAAUCAGACCCGACUGGCUGUCAUCAUCGAUGGCCUGGAUUCCUGUGAACAAGACAAAGUGCUACAGAUGCUUGAUACGGUUCGGGUGCUCUUCUCUAAAGGCCCCUUCAUCUCAAUCUUUGCCAGUGACCCUCAUAUCAUCAUCAAGGCCAUAAACCAGAACCUCAACAGUGUGCUACGUGACUCCAACAUCAACGGCCACGACUACAUGCGAAACAUCAUCCACCUGCCCGUGUUCCUCAACAGCCGUGGCCUCAGCACUGCCAAGAGACUCUGCAUUUCCACACCAGCCAAUGCGGAUCAGCUGAACUCUGAUGCGUGGCAAGAGGACAUGGACAGGAAGUUGUCUCAGAACAGUCUCGGCGAACAGGGCAGGCAGGGCAGCAAAACAGCACUGAACCGCCGGGACACGUACCGCAGGAGACAGAUGCAGCGCUCCGUCACGCGCCAGAUGUCCUUUGACCUGACCAAGCUGCUGGUCACCGAAGACUGGUUCAGUGACAUCAGCCCUCAGACGAUGAGGAGACUGCUCAACAUCGUGUCAGUCACAGGUCGCCUACUUAGAGCCAAUCAGAUCAUUUUUAACUGGGACCGACUAGCGUCCUGGAUCAACCUGACGGAGGAGUGGCCGUACCGCACAUCCUGGAUCAUUCUCUUCCUGGAGGAAACUGAUGGAGUCUCAGACCAGGUCACACUGAGGACCAUCUAUGAGAGGAUUUCUAAAAACAUCCCCACUACUAAAGAUGUGGAGCCUCUGUUGGAGAUCGAUGGUGAUAUUCGUAGUUUCGAGGUGUUUCUCUCAUCGCACACCCCUGUUCUCACCGCUCGUGAGGUGGAGAUGUUCCUGCCUUGUACCGUCAACCUGGAUCCCAAACUAAGGGAGAUCAUCGCAGAUGUACGAGAUGCACGAGAGCAGAUGCACCUUGGAGGAGUCAGCUAUCCCACACUGCCCCUGCAAGAUGCUUCGGUACGGCCGCACUCCACAUUUGGGCAGCACUCUUUGGCCUGCUCUCCCACAGGCUCUUUCCCUGGCUCUUUCCCCCCUGCUGGAGUGCUGCCGGCCGCUCAACCCCACAGCAGCUACUUUAGUGGGCUUACGGGACCCCAACAUCCCUUCUACAACCGGCCUUACUUCCCUCAUCAUGUUUAUCACCUGCCCCGACAUUACCCUGGCAGCCCCCAUCACGCCCCCUCACGCCCUGCUACUAAACUCCAUAAGGACCACAGUCUGGGACUAGAUGUAAUCAGAGAGGACUCCAGUGAGGGUCUUCCCUCUCCUACAUCCCCCUCUAUGAUAAAAUCGCUGCCCUUCAGAAUGAAGCAGGGCUCUGGUUCUGUGGUUUCUAGUGGAUCUCAGGUCCUCCUCAGUUCUCUGAGCAUCGAUGGCGUAUGUGAGAAGCUCAGACAGAUCCAGGGCCUCGACUCCAGCAUGCUGGAGCAGUAUAUCGGCACAAUCAAAAAGGCCAACGUGAACGGCCGGGUUCUGUCUCAAUGCAACCUUGAUGAGCUCAAGAAGGAAAUGAACAUGAACUUUGGAGACUGGCAUCUCUUCAGGUCCAUGGUUCUAGAGCAGCGUCAUAUGGAGAACCAGCUGCUGCGUGAUGAAUCUGGAGCAUGCAGCAAGCAGGGCAGCAGCGUGUUGACUCAACUCGAACCCCACAGACCCUCUGAAGCGCCACAAGACAUGGCCAUCAACCCAGAAAACUUCACGUACAGCCUCAACCUAAGCUUUGAAGAGCUCAGUGGUGUGGGGCUGGAGGAGCCCGCCAGACAACACAAUGCCCACUGGCUGGCCAACACUCACCGGACGCCAAGCAUAUCCAGUCUGAACUCUCAGGAAUCAUCCAACGACAUCUGCAAGCUGACCGACAAGCAGCAAGCUGAGUAUCACAAUGCUUACCAGGAAUACAUCUCUCACAUGUCCCAGCUGGAGAUAUCUGCUGCUGGACGAGAGAGUCCCGCUCAAGCCCUGCUCACAGCCAGCUCUGAGGAGAAGACUAAGGAAGGUGAGCAAGACGGGCGCAAACCCUUCGUCAAAAAGAGCUCCAAACCUGCAGACACUAUAGUGGACUUCUCCUCCAUCCCAGACGGUGCUCUUCUAGAUCCCAUUACAGAGGAGGAUGAGAAGUCAGAACAUGGGUCCGCCACUAAAAUCCCACCCAGACGCAAGACCAAAGGACAGGGACCGUCUUACCACAGCAUACCGAGCGAUGAAGAAGAUUCAGGUGAGGAGGAGACAGACGCCACCCCGCUGCUGAGAGAAGAACCCUGGGCUGCUGAACCAGAUCUAAGCCUCUUAGCUAAAGGGAAGAGCUUCAUCUCAGACAUCAUGCUGGACAAGAAAUCAUCCGAUUCUGGAGUGAGGUCCAGCAGGAGCUCAUCCGACCACUCGCUGCAAGACGAGGAGAGCGAAGCAGCUCAGGAGAAGGAGGAGAAGUCCGGUGAGAAGAAAGAAGAGGAGGCCCAUCUGAUCGAGCUGGUUCUUGAGAGUCCGGUUAAGAAGCGAGUCUUACCACACAAGCUGAGUAACCUUCAGGAUGAGGCCGUGGCCCGGAUGUCCAUCUGCUCCGACGCUCCAUCUGACAGCAGUAGCCCUGAGGAGAGCUGGCCCACGUCAGCCGUGAGCAACCUCAACUGCUCACCCGACAAGACUGCGCUCAACAACAACAUCAACAACAGCACCCAGCAGGAGACGCCUGACUCCACCGACUGCCCCUCCAUCAUUAUACGACCAGGAUCCAGCAGCGAAACCACCACGCUGCCCAACCAGAACCUGCGUGGAGGCCACCGGAAGAGGUCCACCGGUCCCGCCACCGACGCUGCAGAGGAACGAGAGAGUGUCCUGUGAGCCUAACAAGGUUUCUUACUAACUUACUGUAAAAAAAAAAAA